CUCUUCUGAAGCACUCACACACACCACUGGCUGGAUUUUAUAUAUACCCACACACUUGGAAAUGUAAGAACACGUGCCUUGUGACUCACGCCCACUCCAUAAGUGCCAGGAAGUGGCAAGAAGAGGAAAUGACUGGUGAGGCCUUUCGUUCACUCGCAGAUGCCCGGCAUGCCGCACGCUUGGUGUUGUGAAGCAUCCGCCAUGAAGCUCUUUCUGCUGUUUGGCCUUGUGAGUCUCACAACCGCUGUGGAUGCAGAAGUAAGUCCAACCUCAGUUGCUGAACAGAAGGAGGAUGCUACAGCUAUAACCACAACGAAACCCCAUUUUUUUUCAACACUGAUGACUACAGUUGAAGUGACAACUACAACUGAAGUUACGACUGCAGUUGAAACAUCAACAACUGCCAUGAUCAGCACCAGCCAUAUGGAAUCCACAAGUCCUGCAGGAGUCACUUCAGCUGAACUGCCACCUAUUGACCAGAAGAGGAGAACAGAUGAUGAAAAUACAGAUUACAAUGAUGAGCUUUUCAAGUAUGAUUACGAGUCUCUCCGCAAAUGGGGCUUAGUAGCUGCUGCCAUCCUGUUCAUCCUUGGCAUUCUCAUUCUCACCUGUGGUAAACAUGGGAAAGUCCCCCGAUGCCGCGGGAAGAAACGGGCAAGAACCUAUGAUGUGUCACAGGCCUGAAGCCACUUUGUGUCCUCAGGACUGCACUGAUCCUGCUUCGCCUUGGAUGUGGACGUCCCAUGUGUCAACCUUUCAUGCUCUUCACCAAUGGAAAAGUUGCUGCUUAGUUUCCCAAACCUCACCCCAGUCAUCCAACCCUCUGUCUGACCUUCAUCAUGUCUUUUCUGCUCAUUCCUGCAAAACCCAUUCAUUGUUUCUGGCUCUGCACUGCGUAUAUAUUUUCAUUAAACUAAUUCCCCUGGAGAGCCAGAAAGACUGAAAUAUUCAUGGAUCCAAACUUUGUUUCUUUGUACAGCCUCAGGUUAAGAGAGACUUCAGUUGGCGUACGAUUUGUAGGCCUGGCUGUAGACUUUCUAUGCCAAGGAAAACUCCACUGUGCUAAUUCUGUUCCAAGGAGUCUCCAGUUCUGUAUUCACAAUAAAAUGUUGGCGUGGUUUGUUUUUU